AUGAGCAACCUGACUUCCAUGGCCACAUUUUUGCUGCUGGAAUUCUCAGAGGUCCGGGAACUACAGAUCUUACACUUCCUUGUGUUCCUGGUGAUAUACUUGGUAAAAGUGACAGGGAACCUACUCAUCAUCCUUGCCAUUGCCCUUGAUCACCACCUACAUACCCCCAUGUACUUUUUCCUCAUCAAUUUGGCCAUAAUGGACCUUGGCACGAUUUCAGUCAUUGUACCCAAAUCCAUGGCUGUCUCUCUCACAAAUAACAGGUCAAUUCUGUAUUCAGGUUGUGUUGCUCAAGUUUUCUUUUAUUUCAUCUUUGCAGCUGCAGACAUUUCUGUCUUGAGUAUAAUGGCUUAUGAUCGCUAUGUUGCUAUCUGCAACCCACUUCAUUAUGAGAAAAUUAUGCACAGAGGAGCUUGCCUUCAAAUGGUAGCCUUUGGGUGGCUUGCGGGUCUGCUUUAUGCGACACUGCAUACUUGUGGCACCUUUGCAAACACCUUCUGUUCCAAUAUUGUCAGUCAGUUCUUCUGUGAAAUCCCACAGUUAUUAAAACUUGCCUGCUCUGACAUUUACCUAGUUGAAGUUGGCUUCACUGUGCUAGGUUGUCAUGUAGGGGCAGGAUGCUUCAUCUUCAUCAUCAUUACAUAUGUGAAGAUCUUCUCUGCAGUGUUCAGGAUCCCUUCUGUACAUGGUCAGAAAAAAGCUCUCUCCACUUGUCUUCCCCACCUCAUCGUUUUCUCUCUGCUCGUAUUCAGUGGAAUCUUUGCCUUUGCAAGGCCUCCCAGUGACGCUUCUUCCAGUGUGGACAUAGCUUUUGCUGCGAUAUAUAGCAUAAUACCUCCCAUGUUGAAUCCAUUCAUCUAUAGUAUGAGAAACAAGGACAUCAAGGCUGCUUUAUGGAAAUUGCUGGAUUUUGCACACUCCACUAAAACAAUUUCCUCUUAUUUGAGUCUGAGUUCCUGGAAAGUACACAUAAUGUUCAAGGGGCACUUGCCAGAAACUGAGCUAAACAUGCAACAUGUCUCUUCUAGCCAUGCCUUUGUCUGUGCUGCUGCAACUGAUACCCAGGAAA